CGGUAAUGAGAUCAGGUCUAGAUCAUAUCUUGGAGUGGUGCCCUACGUUGCCUCAGAUGAUGACGCUGUCCUGGAUCUUCUACUUUUGUCACCACGUCAGGUGAUCAUCGCGUCAGGUUUUCGACAUUUCUGAGUGCGAAACGUAUAUUCCUUUUCUCUGACCAAGAAGGUUCUAUCUCGAUGGAGCCUCCUUGCUUUGACUGAAAUCACAGAAACCACAAACUACCGGGCGAACGUGUACGAUACGGGCGGGCUUGGGGCGGUGCAUCUAAACAAGAGGAUCGAGAGUUCGAAACCCGGCUUGUUCUCUUUGGCAAUCAUAAGGAUUGCAAGUCAUAGGGCGGUGUGAUAUACCCAUCCCGGCAUCACCUGCAGUGAGCGCGUGCGUUGGCGGAAGAAACACAGACGAACCAACACAGAAGAGAAGAAAGAGACAAAGAAUGUCUUACCGGAUAGUUAGGCUUACAGAACAGGUUUGCUUGUAGACGUGCUCUGAGUUAGAACGUUGUACUUCACCACGAUGUUGUCGAACUACAGUGCCAACGUGUCGGACGCAAUGUCGUUGCUGUUGACGGACUCGCCGCUGGUAAACAUGACAGACGAACUCGUGAACGGUACAAACUCGUCUCUGUCGGAGCAGUCCGAGGUAGAGACGGAGAUGUGGCGCAAUGUCGUCCGUCCGCCGUUCUGGAGCAAGGUUCUGGUGGCCGUUGUUCUGUCGUUCAUCGCACUGUGCGGAAUCCUGGGGAACGGGACAGUCAUCCGCAUCGUGUGGUGCAACAAAUCGAUGAGAAACAUUCCCAAUAUCUUUAUUACCAGUCUGGCCAUGGCGGACUUGUUGGUUCUGGUCAGCUGUGUGCCGUUCACCGUAGCCAACUACUUCCUUCCAGCGUGGGUGUUCGGCGACAUCAUGUGCAAACUCAUGCCCUUCAUCCAGUUCACGUCCAUCGGUGUGUCCAUCUUCACGCUGACGGCAAUGAGCCACGACCGCUACCGAGCCAUCGUCAAGCCGAUGAGCAUCCAAGCCAACCAUGCCCUCCGCCGAACCAACCUCGUUACCGUGCUGAUCUGGGUGCUGAGCAUGGCUCUGGCCACACCUGAUCUUGUCCUUUCGUACGUGGACGAGAUUCACCGCGUCCUUAGCGUGACUGAUCCCGACGGUGAAGCCAUGAUAGUAAAUCUGAACUAUAAGAUCUGCCGCCCGACACCUCCCUCCUACCAGCCGCUGUACGGACAGGUAUCGACUCUGGCUCACUUCUCCGUGCUGUACUGUCUCCCUCUCUCCACCAUCGGGGUGUUCUACGUCAUGAUCGCCCGCAAUCUGGUCCAGUCGUCCCGCAACAUGCCGACGGCGAACAAGUCAAUGAUUCGCCAGCUUGAGGCGCGCAAGAACGUCGCCAAGACCGUGCUGAUCCUCGUGGGUAUCUUCGCCCUGUGCUGGCUGCCCGUGCACAUCGUCAACAUGUGGCGCUGGUUCUCCUGGGCCAAUUCUCCCAUCCCUCCCCCGCCCCUGGACCAGUUCGCCGCCAUGGUGGUGUCCCAGGGACUCAUGUACUCCAACUCCUGCGUCAAUCCUCUCGCUCUCUUCCUCCUGAGCAAAAGUUUCCGGACGUUUUUCUACCGUUACCUGUUCUGUUGCUGCCGGCGCAGGGCAGACAUCCGGAGAGCAUACGAGGGGAGCACGAUGAGGACUCUCCAGUUCACCGUCAUCCGGCGGGCAAACACGAUGUCUCGCGCCGACACUGCCAUGACAGCGAUGACGGUCAUCUAGGGCAAAACAUUGGUACGUUGACUUUGAUUUGUUGUGCAGAAGACAAUGAGUAACCCGAAGGCAACCUGAAUAUAUCACGGGCUCAAGUUUCGUUUGAAAAGGACAGACACCGGCAGUGACACCGGGAAUGAUCACGAAAAGCCAAAAUCUACAUAAGAUAUUUAUUUUAUGUUGAGAAUUUAUUGAAAAAUCUGUAAAUAGUUUCCAUCCUGGUCACAACCUGGAAUAAAAAUGACAUGGGAGCAAAAAGGGCAAAGCUUAAGGUGUAUGCCACCAGAGAAUUUUAUGUAAGUUGCAAUGGCAUUUGUUCGAAGCACUUUUCCUAGCGUUUGUCUAGAUUCUGUUUAGAGGUCAACCGAUGAGCCAUGUAGAUGUUACUGUGUCAGACAGGCUGUCAUUCAGAUGGAGUUACGAUGAUAAAAACGACAUCAAAACAGUUUUAUUACACGUCAGAUUGUGACCGGCACCCCUAACGUCAUAAAUCUUCUGAGAGGGGAAAUCGUUGCAAAUCAAUAGAAGGAAAUUGAAAGUUGUGCCAAGAGCAGGGCAGACUGGUAGUCACCAGCUAUUACGAUAAAAAGGUCAUGCAAAGGUAGUCUGAUCGCUGAACUUGUUGGAAAACUUUCUUAUCCAAUGUGUUGUCUACUAAGAUAAGAAACCAAUAAGCACUUUCGCAAGACAAUCAAUGAUUUAGACAAUCUAAAGAAACUGUAUUUCUGUUUCCCAAUCCUAAUUUUUUGUGCGUAAGUAUUCUCAAAUGAUGUUUAAUAUUUGCACACCACAAUAAAGGGGAAAACAGUACUUGUAUGGUGUAAAUAUGUAAAUGAUUUAUAACUACUUGAUGUAUUGACAAAUCUAGUUGAUUUAGGCCAAACAUCGAAGGAUUUAAAUCUUCCAGUGCCUGUCAAACUGCCAAGCAAACCUGUCUCGUUCUAAGUGUUAUAAAUGGUAUCAAGGGGACGAGGGCACUGAAAUCGAACUGGCGUUAGUUGAUGGAUGGAUGGUGUGAACAUAUUGACCCGAGGAUUUCCUAAUAUAUGGGUAUAUAAUCUGUGAUUAUGCACGUGCUUCGGGGACAGCACAUUUAAUUUACAAUGUAACAUACCCUCUAAUAACCUUACUACAUCUGUUAAGUUUUUGCUCUCCUGCCAUUUUGUUUGGAUGGCACAGUAACGUGUUUUUGACAGUAAUCCGUGAAUAUGGGCACUCUAUGUUGUCUGGUGAAUGCUAGAUGAGUCUUUGAGAAAAGUGCUAUCUUUCUCUGCACCUGUAUAUACACAUGUUGGUAUUUGUGGAACGACAACAUUUGAAUAAUGAACAUAUCUUCUAUUAUAUUGAACAAUAGCUGGAACUCAUUUAUCAUCGUGGAACGGUGUACACAGAAAAUCAAGUAGAUCGAAGAUGUGUAUUGGAGUAGCUUUGUGAAAGGAAAGAAAUAAAUUCUAUACAAAAAAA